AUACUCAUGGUCGCAAACAAAAAUGAGCUCCUUGAGCUUCAACAUCCCAAAGGCUUUGCCUUCUCUUCCUCGAUGCAAAUUUCAUCCUCUCUCCACUCCAUUCAAUCUGAAACAAUCCCAUACCUCCUCCAAGCCAAAGAAGUCUUCUAAGCUUGUAGUUGUCAAUGCGAAAAAGACCGAUGAUGAGUUCGUUUUGAACAAAACUAGCUUAGCAAUACAAGUGGGAGCACUAUUGAAUACUGUUGCUAGCCAGCCAGCUCUGGCAGUGACUGGAGUAAACUAUGAAGAGGAUAUUGUGUGGGUGUUGAUACAAUCAGCCAUUUGUGCCUUCUUGUAUUUCCUAGUGGCACCACCGUUAAUCAUGAAUUGGUUGAGGACAAGAUGGUACAAGAGAAAUCUUUUGGAAAUGUAUGUGCAGUUUAUGUUUGUCUUCUUGUUCUUCCCAGGUGUGUUGCUUUGGGCACCAUUUUUGAACUUUAGAAAGUUCCCAAGAGAUCCAGACAUGAAGUACCCUUGGUCUGUCCCUGAAGACCCUUCCAAAAUUCGCAACAAUUACAGAAAAUUCCCUUGGGCUACUAUUGAUGAUUAUGAAGUUUAACGAGUAUACACUGUAUCUUUCCAUAUCUAUGUAUCAUAAUGACACAUAAAUUUACUUCACGUUCUCUCGGUA